AGCUGCAUCUUAGCUCUCCAGACAACAACUUGCCAAGCUGCGAAAGGCAGAUUUAGUUUGUUUUGCAGAUGGUCUAUGAGUCUCAUGUGGCAUCAUAUUAAAUUAUAUAGGCAGUCAGUCAUUUGUUCUGAAGUGAUGCACUGAGCUGAGAGAUGUAUCAGGAGCCUUCUGUUGGAAAACAAGCUCUACAGCUACGAAUACAGCUUCACAGACCAGCAACGAAAAGGGGGCCUACAAGGAAAGGGACUUGAAGUACCUUACAGACAGCUAGUUCUCCUUGUGCAGAUAAAAUGAGGGUGACUUGGACAAUGUACAAUGGGCUGUGGAGCCCUUUGCCCUAAAGUGUCUGAACUACAGGAAGAAGGAAUAAAUGCCAUUAAUUUACCUCUCAGUCCAAUUCCAUUUGAACUAGACCCUGAGGACACGAUGCUGGAGGAAAAUGAAGUCCGAACAAUGAUUGAUCCAAAUUCAAGAAGUGACCCCAAAUUACAAGAGCUAAUAAAGGUAUUAAUUGACUGGAUUAAUGAUGUAUUGGUAGGAGAAAGGAUCAUUGUGAAAGACCUUGCUGAAGACAUGUAUGAUGGACAAGUAUUACAGAAAUUAUUUGAGAAACUUGAGAGUGAAAAACUGAAUGUUGCUGAAGUCACGCAGUCUGAAAUUGCUCAGAAGCAGAAAUUACAGACAGUUCUUGAAAAGAUUAAUGAAACCCUUAAACUUCCUCCAAGGAGCAUCAAGUGGACCGUUGACUCUGUUCAUGCAAAAAGUCUUGUAGCAAUACUUCGUCUUUUGGUUGCAUUGUCACAGUAUUUUCGGGCACCAAUCAGACUCCCAGACCAUGUGUCCAUUCAGGUUGUUGUUGUCCAGAAACGAGAAGGAAUCCUCCAGUCCCGACAAAUCCAAGAGGAAAUAACUGGUAACACUGAGGCAUUAUCAGGAAGGUAUGAACGGGAUGCAUUUGACACUUUAUUUGACCAUGCUCCAGACAAGCUCAAUGUUGUAAAAAAGACCCUCAUCACUUUUGUGAACAAGCACCUGAAUAAACUGAAUUUGGAGGUUACAGAACUGGAAACCCAGUUUGCAGAUGGUGUGUACCUAGUGCUGCUAAUGGGUCUCCUGGAGGGCUAUUUUGUGCCUCUGCACAGCUUUUUCUUGACUCCUGAUAGUUUUGAACAAAAGGUCAUUAAUGUGUCCUUUUCAUUUGAGCUAAUGCAAGAUGGAGGGUUGGAAAAACCAAAACCGAGGCCAGAAGAUAUUGUAAAUUGUGACUUGAAGUCCACACUGAGAGUGCUGUACAAUUUGUUUACCAAAUACCGGAAUGUGGAGUGAGGAAUUUAUUUGGGACAGAUGUACGUCUGCUAACAAAGCAACCCAUCACAACAAACAAUCAUAUGCUUCACGGUCAUUCCUUUGCAUUUGUAUUUUUUAGAGGAGCUGAAUCAUUUCUCAGAAGUGUUUUGAAUUGAUUAUUCUGCUACGCUUAUUAUACCAUAUGCUUAAAAAAUUAGGGCUACAUUAAACCAAAUGAAAUGAUGAAGUAAAAAGUCUGAAGGAAGAUAAGUAGGUACCUUCUGGGGAAUUCCAUCUCUGGUUAAUAUAUCUCUAGUCUGUUUUAAAAUACUCAGAGCAACAAGCAAUAGACUUGAUAGCUUUAAUUAAACUGGACUUUGGAACCAAUUGUAGGAGGUUAUCUUCAGCUGUAUAUUAAAUAUUAAUUUGAAAAAAAUCAGUUAUUUUUCUAAUCUGAGAGAAGACAAUAUCUUCUAUCCAUAAUAAGAUGGAUGCAUCAGGGGAUCCUGCUAACUUACUGAAUGUGUAUGGAAGGAUAACUAGGAUGUGAUGGUUCACACUGGAACUAAGAAGAAGAGAUCUGUAAAAGGCACUAAACCUGGUUAACUAUUUUAUGCUGUUGUAUAAAUCAAGGCUUAAAUUUUCUGGGUACUAACUGAUAUGACUACUUAUUCCUGCAGACUCAUAAUGAUGUGAUGUUCUGAUUUAAAUGUGCAUUGUCGAUCAAUCGGAACAGCACUCUUUACACCUUGUAUGCUUGAUUUUGUGCAAUGAGAAGACCUUUACUGCAAAGUACAAAAUUCAGUACAGUGUCAAAACCUUAUAGUACAGACUCUUCAUAAGUAUAGGAUCUAUCCUACAAGGACACCCAGGGAUAGUAGAAACUGAAGUAAAAGAAUUGUUUUUACUUAAAAUGAACAGUUUAGAAAAAUAUAAUUGGUAUAAAAUAUGCAGUAUGUUGGAAGGGCACAAGGAAUUAAUAAUUAAAGCCUACAUUUAAAAAAAAAGUGGGUUCCCAACUAAAGACCUUAAAGAAGCCUGAUUUUCAGAAAGUGGGUGCUCAAUACUUACUGGAAAUCAGACCUCUUUAGGGUGCUUCAAGUUAGGCACCCAAAAAUGGAAGCACGCAAGAUCACUGUUCACUUUUGAAAAAUUAAGCCAAAAGCAUAAUAAGAGUAGUGAGGCGUGUUUAGCAUACACAUUUUAAUACAAGUGGUAAAGAAUGAUCAAGAAAAGUAAAGUUUGUAGUGUGUCAUACUGUAAUAUUUGUAAAGCUAUUAGAUGGGAUAGCACUUAAAUACUGUAGCCUAAAAAAUACGGGAUAAACAACUUUUAUUUUUACACUGAUAUUUUGCCUUUACUUUAGAAAGAAAUUAUAUAAAUUUAACAGAAAAUAAAAUAGUGCCUGUUUUUCUCUAUAGUCUAUUUUAUACAUUGAGCUGCAGGCCUACUAUGUUGCUAGUUUAGAUUUAUUUACAUAAAAGGAGGCAGUGUCUAUCUCCUUGGUUAGUUCAUGAUUGAAUUGUUUUGUUGUACAAUGUACAUCAUGCAAAAGUAUGAUUGUUAUUUUCUGGAAACAGUCCUCCACCCUUCACAUUCUAAUACAUUGUUUGGCAUUAACUCAGACUUGCUGUGAUUGUUACGAUACAAGAUUAUGUGGAAGUUUUAGAUGAAUAAGAAUUAUUUUUCCGCUCUAAUCAUGACAUAUAUGAGCUGUGAUGAUUUUACAUUUUCAGUUGUAAGACACACAGGAGACAUGGGGCCUGCUUCUCCUCUCGCACCUCUGUCAGGCCUCAAUUGGAUAGGCAUAGGUGUCCAUGCUAGUAGAUCACAUUGCAUGAGUCUAAAUCAGGAACAGUGCCAUUGAAACCAGUGGUUACCAAGGAGAGUAGUAAAUUAAUCAUUACUUAGAAUUUUAAAAUCAACAUUUAGAUGUCUUUCUAAGAGGGAUGCUCCGACUCAGCCACACAUUAUUAGGCUCAAUAGUGUUCACUUAAAUAGUUGAAAAGAAAAAAAAAUUCUUUUAGGGCUGGAAUUACUGGGUAAAAUUUUUGGCCUGUCUUAUGCUGCAGGUCAGACUAGAUGGCCAUAGUGGUCCCUUCUGGCCUCAAACUCUAUGAAUUACACCAGUGUAAAAUUAGUAUAGGUGAAAGGAGAACCAUACCUGCGGUCUCUUGAAUCAGUUUAUCUGAAGAAAUGCAAUGCUGGUAAGAAUUAUUCAUAACAGAUUUAUGUUACUCAUUAUCUGAAGCGCUAAAUAUUUUAUUUUGCAGUUUUUGCUUAUUUCUUUUUCAGUGCAGUCAUUAGUGUUAAAUCAAGCAAUGAUGUUCUUCCAUGGAUACUAAGUGAUGUUAAAUAAUAAGCUGAUAUUAACUUCAGUUGAGGUGCUUAUUGAGAUUCAUUACUCUGAGAGGUAAUAUUGACUGAGGCAAAGACAACAUCGAUAUUUAAUUCAAGGAACAAUAAACCAGGAUGUUCAUUGAACCAAGUAUUCAAUAUCUGUAUUGUUACUUACUUUCUGAAUGUCCAAAGACUAUCUGGAUAUCCCUACAUUUUAGUAAUGGUUUUCAAAUGCAUGGCAGCUUUUCCUUUUCUAAAGGGCUUAUGAAGUUAGAGGUUUAGAAAAGAAAAAAUAUUUUCUUUUUUUAAAAAGGUAAAUAACUGUACUUUUUGCUCCCAGUCAGAAUGCUCUAAUUUGUAUAUGUCAUCUGAUUAGUUAAUGUCCUUCUAGAUCUCAGUAUUAUUGACCUUUUGAGGAGAUAAACAAUAGGAACUCAUCCUGCGGUGGAUUUUUUUGAAAGCCAGUCAUGAGCCAGAAGUGUUCUCCUGUACAUACCCAUAGUUACAGUAUGUUUUAAUACUUUGCCAGGAAGUUUCAGGUUUCCCUCCUUUGGUUAUUUGGCAUUUAUUUUGUCCAUCUACAAGUCUAUAUGCUAGUAAGUGCUAGAAUGCCACAGCUCAGUUCUUUAUUUUAUUUUUUACAGAUUUUAUUCAGCUGGAAAGACAUGGCACUCUCACACACACUGAACAUAUUAUAUGAGCAAAGCAUAUAUUUUUAACUGCCUUUGUUUUCAGGAGAGCGCUUUUUUAGUGAAGACAGCUCUCUGUGCAUAGAAGAAAGAUUACGGACAGCAAAUCUAAUUGUUUCUUGCAUCUGUGCAUUCUUAUUAUGGGUUGCUCUGCUAAUGAAGUAGGGUUGUGAGUUCAAUUCUUGAGUGGGCCAUUUAGAGAUUUGGGGCAAAAAUCUGUUUGGGGAUUGGUCCUGCUUUGAGCAGGGGGUUGGACUAGAUGACCUCCUGAGGUCCCUUCCAGCCCUGAUAUUCUAUGAUUCUGUGAUUCUAUGAAUUGGCAAAAUUUUUGUGUCAGUAAAUUCCAUCUAAAACAAAUCAAUGGUCAGAAUUGUGAAAUACUUACAGUACAGUAAUUGUUGGACACUUAAGACUAUAAAAUCUCAUUGUUUUUCAAAACAAAAUUUAAAUUUUUAUACGAACAUCCAUUUUAUAGCAAGAAUUUUUGUAAACUAAAAUCUUAUAUAACUAUAUGAGAACACAAGUAUUAUAAACCUAGAACAGUAUAAUAGUUUACACACACACACACACACACACACAUAUACACACACAUAUUACAGGCCAGUGGAUUACUGCUUAUAUUUCAGAUUAUAUAGAUUUAAAUAGUCUAUAAAAUGAAUAUGAAAUCUGAUCUAUAGAUAUCUAAUAUUUAUUGCUUUUAAUAUAGAAAAUAGAAUAUUACCGUAGUCAGUUUUCUCUUUAUCAAGUAAUAUUUGGCCUGCACCUUCCUUAUGUGAAGCUAAUUAGGUCAAAUUUUGCUCUCAAUUACAGGGCAGUUACUCUUGAUUUACAGCAGUGUAACUUAACUUGAAUUUGUCCCAUUGGCUUAGAGGUGAUUUAAGUUUUAGGUCAAUUAUGGUUUUGUUUAUAAUUCUUGUAAAUGAUUAAAUAUUUCCACAUCAAUCAUAGCAAUUUUAAAGGACAGUGUUUUAAGAUUACAUUGAAAUUCAGUGGGCCCAAUCCAGCAAAAUAAUCUCUGGCUUUCUGUGCCACCAAGGUCCACAGGUUUCUAGGACCACAGAAGGUUGAGAGAAUAUUGAUGUGCCAUGAGGGAUCAAAAAAGAAAGAGAGAAAGAAAAAUCUUUACCAUGAGUGUUAACAAAUGCCAGGAGAGCAGGAAGUGCUCUGCUUCCCAAUUCUUAAUUCAUCUAUCUCCCAUCACAGCCAUGCAGCAGUGCUUUGUGGGUCUUCCCCAUCCCCAUAAUGACCAUUGGGUUGUUUGUAGGAGGGAGACCUCUACAAUAGGCAGAGUCCUGGUGUAUCCUCCCCUCCCCAGUUACUGUUUGUCUGACAAUGAGGAAGGGCAAGUGUCUAGACUAAGUAUUCUCUACUUCUCAGAAGAGACCUCCAAAAUGGAGUUGUCACCCACUGAGGUUCUAAGAUCUUAAGGCUAUGGCUCCUCCAAAUUUUUUUUCCAUCUGACUGACAUUCAGUCAGCCAGGGAAGAAUGAGCCUGUGAAAAGAUGUCAGGGCUGAGUGAGUUCGCCUGUUUCUCCAAUAUCAUGUCCAUAGAGCUGGGUUGCUAUAUAUUGCAAAUGGACUAUCCAUGAAAAGGGGUGCUCACAGAAUGCCUAAUCCUCAGCAUUCCUUAGUUGCUAGGUACUUCUCUCUCAAAAGAGGGAGCAGCAGCCUGUACAUCUUCAGAGCUCAGGAAAGCUCAUGGAACGUCUGUGGACCAGCAACUGCUGGAUAUGGCCAUAACAUUCUAAGUAAAAUCUUAUAUUUACUCUUUGGAACAAAUUCUCUGCUGGUGUCUCCACUGAAGUCAUUGGAGUUGUACCAGCAGAGCAUUGGUCCCUUCUGUUUUACAGCAGGGUCUCAAGAUAGGAUCUGGGUAUUUUUUAUGUUCAGACAAGCUGUAUUAAUUAAGACAAAUGAUGCUUGAUCAGUGUGACUGACCUUUGCAUUGUCCAUUGAUUUUGCAGGGACAUGUUUUUAAAUUCAUAUUUCGGAUUCACUUAGCAGAUACUACUCCAAGCCGCAAAUGUUGUUAAACUGAAUGGCUUUAAAAUGGGUUUUAUUUCAUUAGGCAGAAAUAUGUAUGAAUAUUAGAUAUAGUACAUAUUAGCUUUAGACCUUUUUUAUUUAUUUUUGUUAUUCCCUUGAUCUCCUCUCAUAAUGUUGUCAUUACUCAAAGCCUCUGAAUGUGCUGAACAUCCCAGAGCAGAAUAGUCCCUUGAAUAAUACUUGUAGCCUUCUCUACAGCAUUACCUAGUGGUCUUUUAUCAUCUUAUCGUGAGAACUAUUGUUGCAUUUUUCUAAAGUUAAUGCAGUCACAGAUUAAAUGUUUCAAGUAAAGUGAAAAUUAGGUUAGAAAACGAUUUUUAAAAAAUUUGUUCACAUGCAAAAUAGUCUAUUGUAAGUAGAUAUUGGAGCCAAAAUAAUAAAUAUAUCAGAAUCACAAAUGUUCUACUUUCUAAAGCCCUCUGAUCAUUUAACAUUUGUGAGGGCUAAAUUCUUUGUAUCUGAGUCUAAAUCUGUGCUUGUUUGCCCUGAAUCUAUUAGCUAAAAACAACUUUGUCAUAUUCUACUUGUCUGCAGUCUAAUAGUUUUAAUAAUUCUAUGCUUUCCGGUCUUAUUAGUCCCAUUUCAUUGUUUGGUUAUAAAAUUCAAGAUCACAAUAAUUAAAUGUGCAACACACAAAAAAAGAGUUGCAAUUCUUGCUUCAUAAAAUAUAUAUCUAAUUGUGUUGGUUUAUAUAAAUUAACCCACAUGCCUUCAACUGCAGAAUUAAUGGCUUUUAUAAACAUGUAUUUUAUGUACUCUGUAAUAAGAGAGACACUACAUUACCAAUAUUUCUUGUGCUUUUUCUGAAAGAUCUGUUAAGAUACACAAUAAAAAUCACACCUGAAAAUCA